AUGCUACGAAUAUCAAGAAAAUUCUCAAGAGUUGCUAAGCUCACAGUAUUAUUCCUAUGCUUACUGACUAUUUUCAUCGUUACAACGUCUAAUUAUCAGCAAGACACUCUAGACUCAUAUAAGUCCAAAGUUAAAAGCUAUUUGAAUUAUUAUACAAAUGGUAAUAUGCCCACAACGCAUGUGGCCGAAGAAGAAGAAGAAGAAGAAGAAGAAGAGGUGGCACCAUCAAGUCAAGAAGCACCUUUGUUUGAUAAUGACGACGAUGAUAAUAAUGAUGAACUAGUUGAAGUCCAAGAACAAGUGGAAAAAUUCGAUACAAUUCAGGAAUUCUACGAUGAAAUCUUUAAUGCAAUUAUCAGUAAUUCCCCAACUGAAGAAUCAAAGAAAGUUUAUGGUAAAGAAUGUAUCGUAGACACAAGUAUCGGCGGGAGACCAGGCGAUCAUAAGGACUGGCAUAAAUUGACCUACGAUAAUCUUUCUAAAUGUCUACAACUUUCAGAUGAAGAGGUCGAUAUGUUACACACUAAGCACAAAAGUUACGUCAGUGCAAUUAAUCAGAUAGUCGAAGAUUCAAAAGAGCUUCUGAAUGGCCAGCGUACCAAAAAGAACGGUAUAGUAAUGGUGGGCGGUGGUAAAUAUUCUCUACUGUCGCUACUUUCUGUAAUGACAAUUAGAAAAUUUGGAACUACUCUGCCAGUGGAAGUUUUCAUUCCAAGAGAUGAUGAAUUGAAAGGUGAUUUUCAAUCAUUUUGUAAUGAGUUAUUGCCACAAUACAAUGCAAAAUGUAUCUUCACAUCAAAUGUCCUAUCAGAGAAGUUGAUUGAAAAUUUCCACUUUAAUGGCUACCAACACAAAUCAUUGGCACUCCUUGCAUCGUCAUUCGAUAAUAUUCUCCUACUCGAUUCUGAUAAUCAUCCAAUUAAAAAUUUAGAUAGUAUAUUCAAGGCUGAACCUUUCGUUAAAAACGGUAUGGUUCUAUGGCCAGACUUUUGGAGGCGUACAACUAGUCCAAAAUUCUAUCAAAUUGCAGGAAUUCCAAUCAAUAAAAAUACUCGUGUACGCAAUUGUAUCGAUGAUUUGACCCCAUUGGAAGUUUAUAAUAACGAAGAAAUAAAUAUCUAUGAUGUUCCAUUCCACGAUACAGAAGGUACUUUUCCCGAUAUGUCUUCCGAAUCAGGACAACUACUAAUUAAUAGAAAUAGGCAUUUGAAAUCUAUUCUAUUGGCUCUAUACUAUAACUAUAAUGGUCCAGCUUGGUAUUAUUCAAUUUUCUCACAGGGAGCUGCUGGUGAAGGUGAUAAAGAAACUUUUAUAGCAGGUGCGCACUUCUAUGGAUUGCCUUACUAUCAAGUAAAAACCUUCCCAAGUGUUAGCGGUUAUCACCAGCCUGGAAAUUCUGAGUUCCGUGGUGUGGCCAUCUUGCAACACGAUUUAGUUCAAGAUUAUCAGAGAUACCAAGAAGCCUCUAUUGGACUCGGGAAGACCUAUGAAUUUCCAGAGAAUGUGACAUAUGAUGAAAAUUACUCACUAGGCACAUUUUAUAACAAGUAUUUUGAUGGUGGUAAUAAUGAACCCGACGUGAAAGAGGUUGACUUCGCUUUUGUACAUGCCAAUUUCCCAAAAUUUGAUCCAGUAUCCCUGGCGGAAGGUAGCUCCUUCAUAUUUGAAGGUCAACAUUUUAGGUCAUUUACAGACCUAACAAAACUGAACGGCUAUGAUAUUGAAUAUGAAAACUUUGUCACAUUGCAUGAUUUUGUUUGUGUCAAUAGAAAGUACUUCCCUUACAUUGAAAAAUCCAUAAGUAAAGAAGAAUACGAGAAAAUGUGCAGGUACAUCUCUGAUAGACUACAAUUCUUAAGACUUUCUAAGGAGGCCGAUCAGAAUAACGAUGUGAAAAUGGUCAACGUGACCAAAUAUAAGUAG